AUGUCGGUACUGAGUGAGGAUAAAGAAAGUGCAAACGCGGGCGCACAUGGUCGCAAGCCUGCUAUACAAGUGGUUUGCCUGGGUUCGGGAGGCGGCCCUUGCGAGGACAAUGUCACCGGGUUCCUGCUUCGUUCAAUAGCCACAGAGUGGGCGCGCAACUCGCUGUUAGCAGUGGAUGCUGGGUCACAUCUUGCACCUAUCACUCGAAUAUUGGAGGAACAUUUCCCUCUGACAUACAAUGGCAAGCCAAAGGCGAGCGAAGCACCAGAAGCGACAGUCCUUAAGUCGGGCCCGUUUGCUGGUUUGAAAUUCCCAGACAGGUCCGCUCGCGCCAACGCGAUGCAUCUACUGCGAUCCUACAUUUCAGCAUAUCUCAUCACACAUCCUCACCUGGACCAUCUAGCUGGAUUCGCGAUCAAUACCGCAGCAUUCCAUGCGACGUCACGGCCGAAGACUGUCGCCGCUCUACCGAACACUGUUGAAGCGAUGAAAAGGCACAUCUUCAACGAUGUAAUCUGGCCAAACCUUACCGAUGAGGACGGCGGAGUGGGAUUUGUCACAUUCCAACGACUGAAAGAGGGUGGAGAUGCAAUGGUCGGUGAGGGCGAAGGACGAGGCUACAUCGAUGUGUGUGACGGUCUGGGGGUGAGAGCCUUCAAGGUGUCGCAUGGGGUAUGCACAAAAAGUCCCCCGGCGCAUCAGCAUCGAGGGAGCGGUGCCGGGAUAACGGAUGCGUCACCGACGUAUAAUACCUCUGCACAGGCGUUCGCGCUCGAAUCUUCGGCUUCGUCGACGCAUCGGUCAUUAUCGACAUCGCACCAUUUCCAUACUGCGCAUCAGUCGCCUCAUGCAAUGCCCUUGGAUGGCGCUUGCGUGGUGGACAGCACAGCUUUCUUCAUUCGGGAUGAUCAAACCUCGCGGGAGCUUCUUUUCUUCGGAGAUGUUGAACCUGAUACUCUAUCCCUGUCUCCUCGCAAUCAAAUCGUGUGGACCGAAGCGGCACGCAAGAUCGCAAAUGGUCUCCUCGGCGCGAUUCUCAUCGAAUGCAGUUACGACGAUUCUCAAGCCGAUGCAUUUUUGUUCGGACAUAUGAAUCCUCGACACCUGAUUACAGAACUGCAAAAUCUCGCUGCUUUAGCUGAAGAAGCCAAGAUUCAUCGGCAGAUGGAGGAAAAGGGCGCCAAAAAGCGGAAACGUUCGGCGCCGGCGAACGGACUUCUGCUCCCUGAGCAUGAUCGGAAACGAAGCCGCAGUAUGAGCCAAGUAGACGCUGUACGUAGCGGACCACUCUCUCCGAAAUCGUCAUCAACGCCUCGCCGCUGCGAAACCGGUAUAGGCGUUAAUCUUGGAGAAGAUAUGCCGCUUCGUGGGAUCCAGGUCAUCAUCAUUCAUGUCAAGGAUACGCUCAAGGAUGGCCCGCACGUCAGUGAGAAUAUCCUCUCACAACUUAAGGAUUACGAGGCCCGGCUACAGGAACAGGGACAGGGACUUGGAUGUGAGUUUAUCAUUGCUCGCAGUGGAGAGAGUUAUUGGGUCUAG